AUGCGCAUGCCGAUGUCCAUCACCAUCCCGCCCUCCAAUACGUCUUCGAUACUCUCCAGUAAAUCCAAUUAUCCCAUCACACCGGCCCUCCUGCCGGCUCAACGCGCCCUAGAUUAUAAUGACACUCACCCUCUGACCAGCCUAUGCGAGGUACACCCUAUAAUCUCGGAUAUCCAAUCAACGAGCACAUCUCCUUGUUCUCCACUUGCAGGGGACGUCACCGCUGACCAGUUUAUGGCCAGCGAUGUCGUGCAAGUAAAUCAGUUCUGGGAAUGCGAACGGCUGUUGAAUGCGGUGCAAGAACUGCAUGGCUUUGUACAGUUACUGACUCCUCCCAGACGUCGCAACAAGCAACCUGCCACUGCAUGUGAUGCCCCGCCCAAAUAUUCUCGGGUAUCUGAUCCCCACAGGCAGAGUUCACUAACAAAUGAACAAUACGAGGGUUUCCGUUACCUGGACUCAACUCUAGAUUAUAAUAUAAUUGCGUCCGUCCUUGAACUCCCUGUGGAUCCCUGUGACAAAAAUGUAGUUCCCACGAAGUUCGAAAUACUCGACAUACUGGGCCGAGGGGGGUUCGGUUGCGUUCUGCUAGCUCGGAGACUCAGGGAGAUCGGGGACGAACAAGUAUCAGACGAGGUAGCGAUCAAGCUCAUCCGCAAAACGAAGCAGUAUGCGAGGUAUCCCGGUCGGAGGGCAGCACAUGGCGAAUUAGAGAUUUUACGAAAAGCAUGCGGACAGAGCCCCUUCCUAUCACUCCUCCUGUCAUCGUGGUCCAAUUAUAACAUGAUCUACUUUGUCAUGAAAUUCUAUCCACAGACUCUGGGUGAACGUCUUCGGAAUUUGCGAAGAUAUUAUGAUCGCGUGGAUCCGAUAGACGCAAAGCUAUACUGUGCAGAACUUAUCCUCGGUCUGGGACAUCUUCAUAAUGAAGUCCAAGCCGCACACCUCGAUCUCAAACCUGACAACAUAUUCAUUGCGGAUGACGGUAGGUUGGUCAUAGCAGACUUUGGCCUCUCCCACGUCCCGGAAAUGGGCAGGGACCUUCCCUGGUCUCCCAUCUACGAGCGUGGUGGCACUCCUGGAUACUAUGCACCGGAAGUUUGCGAUCCUGCGUGGUACGGACGAGGAUAUAACUACAAGGCUGAUAUCUUCACUCUCGGCUUGGUUUUCGCUGAGCUGCUCUCGCAACCAAUUCCGUUAUACCCGUACCGGGACUGCGACUACGAGGGAAACGCGAAGAUAUUCGAUCAAUGGAGCGAGAUGCAAGCGAGAGCUCCUCAGAACAAGGUGCGGGAUUUGGACCUCGAUUCGGAGCUCGCACGCGAUCUGUUGCACCAGAUGCUGCAUCUCAAUCCUGGAUGCAGACCGUCGACGCAGGAACUCAUGAAUCACCGUUACUUCUGCGACAUCAAUUGGGAACAUGUGAAGGCCGGCGAGUGCAUCCACAGGUACAUCCCGAGCGGACGUACCAUGUACAAUGGGGAGGGCGUGUGGCUCACCCACUCCGCCAAUAUUUCGAUGCCGCUGGACAGCAGGCGCUUCAUGAUGUACCAGAAACAAAUUGACCUCGCCAUUGGAAGAGACCCAUUCUUGUUCGUAGCAUCCCCUAGCGUGCUACGCGGCAACCACAAGAACUUGGACACCGCAGACCGCAUUUUAGACGACGCGCCUCCUGAGUUCUGCACUCUCGACAUGAGCGCGCUCCCACACUUUUCCUCGCUCCCCAGGGUGGCUUCCAGCGACGAAUUCAUCAGGGGAGCGGGCAUAAACUUCUGA